UGCGUUCAGGCUGAGAGUGGAGAUGUGCUCUGGAUAAAUCUGCGCUCCUUUUCCCGCUAGCACUAAAUUGCCUUUUGCGCAUCGAAACAUCGCAUUAUAAACCAAACCUAUUGUUGUAUCCCGUGCGCGUUUGCUUUUUCUCCUCAUUUAGCUGAGCAUAUUUAUUUAUUAAGAUGAAGGCCAGCGCACCCGUUCGCCCUCACAAGAUUUCUUCAAGCUGCAGUGAGCUCUCCUUGCGUUAUUUGUCGGAGCGCAGCCGAUUCAAAAUGGAAGAGGAGGAUAUUUUCUGUAUGCAGUACGACAUGAACGACUGCUACAGCCGACUCAAGCGCCUGGUGCCCACUAUUCCGCAGGAUAAGAAAGUCAGUAAAGUGGAGAUCCUCCAGCAUGUCAUUGACUACAUCCUGGACCUGCAGCUGGCGUUGGAGACGCACCCGACUCUCAUGAAACAGACGAGCCCACCCACCUCCACACGGACCCCUCUCACACAAAUCAACACAGAGCAGAGGAUGACAAGUGUCAAUAAACAGGAAGACUCAAUUUUGUGUCGCUGAGAUGUUACACACUGGUGUGCACUGAACCCAUCCAAAGCCAAGCCCAACUUCACCAGGGAAUCCAACAUACACCAGGCCCAAUCACAAGGGAGGGGACAGCAAAGUAGCACUGAAACUAAUAGCUACUAAAUUGUAAUAUUUAAACAUUUUAAUGACAGCUGUCAAACAUGUGGUGACAUUGGCCCUUCAGCCCCCUUUCUCAAUUUGAACACUAUUUAAAUAUACCCACGGAAAAACUUAUGUCUAAUUGUACUAAAAGCAUCAGCCUGUAAAGCUUUAUGAAUAAAGUUUGAAAAUGUAAACAUGGGACAUCUAUUGUUUAAAAUAGGUGAUUUAUGUUAAACAGGGAUUUCCCUGCAAUUAUGCUGUUUAAUAUUGUAAAGAACAACAAUAACUGUUGACAAAUAUUACUGUAUAUAUGGAGGAUGUUCUAUAAAUGUUUGUGUAUGAGAAUAUCUAUACUGUAUGUUCAACCAGCUGAUUGUAAUUAUUUUUUAUCAAAAGGUGUUUCAUUCUGUAAAUAUUGUGUUUUCACAUAAGUGUAGUGAAAGAUUACAUGAUGUUCUGCUAAUAAAGGUCUCACAUCAUAAACUGA